GCUCUCCUUGCUGGCUUGAGUGACGCACUGAAAAUUCAGCCAGCCAUUUAAAUUUUGUGCCUUUCUUGGAUGGCAUGGAGCUGUCGAGAUGGCCAAUUUUCACCUUGAUGAUUUUGGUCAGCCACCAGGGAUUAGCUUCAUCAGUGGAAUGUGAUAGCCAACAUUUCCCAGUUGACAACCGCUGCUGUGCAAAGUGUCCAAGAGGUUACUACAGGCACAUUGACUGUGAUGUGGAGGACAGUCUUGCCCACUGCCUGCCAUGCCCACCAGGAACAUACACAGAGUUCUCCAACUACCUGGACAGGUGCCUUCUGUGUGAGCGGUGCUCAGAGGACCAUGGCAUGGAGGAGAGGAGGACGUGCCUGCCCAACCAGAACAGGAGAUGUCGCUGUAUGAAAGGCUUCUUCUUGGAACCACCCCAGGUGCCCGGCCGGGACGCAGACAUGUGCUACAGACACCAGCAGUGUCAGCCUGGAGAGGGGGUGCUCAAGGAAGGAACAAGAAGGUCUGACACAAGCUGUGCCCCAUGUGCAAUGGGCAUGUUCUCACAAGGAGGAAAUCACACAUGUCAAGUCUGGACAGACUGUGCAAGUCAGAGACUGAAGGAGAUGAUUCCUGGCACAACAGAACAUGAUGCGGUGUGUGAAUAUGCACCCCCCAUAGCCUCAAGUGGUACGGCCCCCCAGGUACCACCAACAGUUGGUAGUGUCACUCAUCCCACACCAGGAUCAGUGAUCAGAAUGGAGACUCCAGGAAAGCCUGUGACACAAGGACCUGAUGAACAUGACGGUCAGCAGAGCCCUAGUACCACAAAUCCUCUUCAGUAUGGUCCAAUUGGAAAGGAGAGGGAGAGUGCUGGAACCAGUACAAACAGAAACAUGAAGAAGAAAGGCAACAAAACCUCUCUUGGAGUGGCAGUUGCAAUGGUCGGCCUCUUACUGAUAGUAGGAGGCUCUGGCGUUGCUGCCUACUGUGGCUACAUCAGGUUUAGGAAAUCUGAGAAACGAAGAAGAGGGGAUGAUGGAGUCAGUGUAGCCUACCAUCGUCAAGGCCAGGCACCUGAAGACACUGAUACCUGUGGCAUUGUAGAAGAAACAGCAGCUGGUGAAAAUUCUGCAGAACCACCACCAAUGUUUCCCACAGGACAGUGGCCCACAGGUCUUCCACAUCUUGAGUGGCCCCCAAGUAGUACAGAAAUACCAAACGGAAGACAGAAUGAAGGUGACUCAUCAUCUAGUAGCACAAUUGUGUCGUAAAUGUUU